GUGUGAAUGUCCAUCAUUGGAUGCCACUGUGGAUACUUAGGUGCCCUUAUUCAGUCACUGUACCAUCAGUCGUCACAUCAUGCACUACCCCUCUCUCCAGCUUCUCUGUCCAGGGCUUAGAAGCCAUGGGAAAUGGCAGCCCUAGAAGAGGAAGGGGUCUGUGGCAAUUAGGGCCCAGGAAUGUCACAGGAUGAGCAAUACAUCUUCACCUGCCUCUGACUCACCUGGUGCCCCAGGUAAAAGGCACCCAGAUAAAAGGUAGGGGAGGAGGAGGAGAGAGAAGUAUCCAGGCUGAGCAGCAUGAAGGGGCCCUCAUCCACAAGCAGCCUCCUGCUGCUACUGUUGCUGCUGAGCCCAGACCCUGGAGCAGCCCUGCCACUGCCAACCAGCAUUACCUGCUGUACUCAGCUCUACCGCCAGCCACUCUCGAACAAGCUACUGAGAAGGGUCAUCCGGGUGGAAGUGCAGGAAGCUGAUGGGGACUGUCACCUCCAGGCCUUUGUGCUUCACCUGUCUCGACGCAGUGUCUGCAUCCACCCUCAGAAUCGCAGCCUGGCUCGGUGGUUUGAGCGCCAAGGGAGGAGACUCCAGGGGACUCUGCCUAACCUGAAUUUGGGGCUGACAGGGAAAAUGGACCAGGGCCCCCAGUAGCCGAAACAAUAAAGCAGCAUUGGACAACAGUC